AUGGAAGAUGACGAAGCACAUGAGCAGGCGGACAGGGACCGCAUCUUCAAGCGCUUCGACACAAAUGGGGACGGGAAGAGAUCGACGACAGAGCUAGGGGAUUGCCUGAAGACGUUGGGGUCGCUGACGUCGUACGAGGUGAAGCGGAUGAUGGACGAGAUCGACACCGAUAGCGACGACUACAUUUCGUACCAUGAGUUUGAGCUCCCAAGACAGAGAGAGCCAACGAAAUUGAGCGGAGUGGGUUUCUUGGAGCGGACCCCUUUCUUCUCCAUCGUUUGA